GCUGGAAAUAGAUAUACCGUGAUAUACCUGUUUGGAGCAAGAAAAGAGCUUGCUCAAUAGUAUAGAGGCAGACACGAAGAGAUGCCAUACGUCUCCCAUGACAUUUGUACCCACUCCCACAGCCUUGAAUACUAAGAACAUCAAAGACCCUGAAAACGGCUACUGUGCUCAUGCUUCAGUAUGGAUAACGUGUCCAAAACAAAAGCCGAGUUGUCUUAGGACAACAAAAGACUUCUUUCGCCUUUCGCCUCACUGACCGAACAACCUCUCCAAGGUCGCAUCAAGGCGGGGGAUCGUCAUGGAGCUGUGGAGAUGCUCAAGCAGGAUAACUUCAGUGACAGCAGUGUGCCAUCUCCGCAGGAGUACUCCAGAGCCGUCGCCUCGCAAGCGUCUACUGUUUGGCACCGGAAGGCCAUGUCCCUGGCCGUUGAAGUCUUGAAAGAAGCCCAGGUGGAGCGUGUGCUGGACAUCGGCACGAGCUUCAAUCCGCUUCAGCACGUCUUUCCGCACGUCACGGCCAUUGAUGUCGUCCCUGGAGAUCCCAGUGUUUUGAUCGGCGACUUUUUGGAGGUAGACCUUCGUGAUGAUCUUUCAGAGGCUCUGUGGCAUGGGGAUCCCCGGCAGCUGCUUGCAGUUCCCACAGAGCAUUUCGAUGCAGCGCUGUUGUCGAUGGUGCUGCGGGCGCUGAGCCCCACCUUUGGCACCGGCCACAAAUCCCGGCGCCGGCGGAUGCUACAACGGGCUGCCCGCUGUGUGCGGGCAGGCGGGAUUCUGGUGGUCGUUGAGAGGUCCACGUUGUGGAAGAUGGUCAACGCGCCUUUCCAGGACAGCUUCUGGACAAAGUCACGGCUACGUUGGCGCAAGACGUUGCGUUCCGUGGGUUUCGGGACUAAUGUCUACAUUUUGGAUCGCUUACCGGGUGUGGUGGAAGAUGACUUCGAGCCAGAACAAAAGUUUGUCCGCCUUGGUUGCGCAAUGACAUGGCGUUUGGAUCAAAAUUAG